AUGGCAAUGCCCCCGCCAGCCACCAAGCUAGGAAUAACGUUCACAAUAUCGAAGAUCCUGAUUCGACUCCCAGAUGAAUUGAGAGCCUACCAGGCUAGGAGAAGCCGACAGGAUAUUGAAAACUACAAUUCUCAGCAUGCGCAUGGAUCGGUCACCGGCAAUUCUGAUGGUAACCUACCAAGCGACCGGAGUUCUCAAGUACAACGCCGCAGAUCCCUUUUACCAUUGAUGAUGAUACGUGGUGGAGGUACUAUCCAGGGGUUGAGGUGGGCAGUGAGAGGUGUCUGCCUACGUUUCGUUGCCUGCCUCGCCGCAACCCCCCAGCCCGCAAACGGGGUCUGA